AUGGCUUCAACACAAAAGGUACUGGUGGUGGCAAUAGACUUUGGGACGACAUACUCUGGUUAUGCCUUCUCUUUCAAAUCUAACAAGAACGACGUGAAAACGCACCUUUGGGAGACUGGAAUAGGACAAGAACAGUCUACCAAGGCGCCUACCUCCAUACUAUUUGACCAUUUGAAGCGAUAUCAUUCAUUCGGGUACGACGCUGAGAAUCAGUAUAGCAGGUUGUCGGAUGAACAACAAAAGCAAUACUACUAUUUUAAAAGGUUUAAAAUGACCCUUUUCAAUAACCAGGAUCUGAACGAGAGGACCAUGAUCAAAGAUGUAUCAGGAAGAGAAAUGCGUGCUAUGGAUGUAUUUGCAGCCGGGAUCAAGUACCUUCGGGAUCAUUUCCACACGGUAUUAAGGGGACAGUUUAGAUCAGGACUCGUCGGCUCAAGUGAGAUACAGUGGGUCCUGACUGUGCCCGCAAUCUGGAACGAGGCAGCCAAACAAUUCAUGAGAAUGGCCGCCGUAAAGGCUGGGAUAAGUGGUGAUUGCCUCACCUUGGCUCUUGAGCCGGAAGCCGCUGCCUUAUACUGCCAAUCUCAUUCGGGAAGUUUCCAACUCGGCAAUACGUUCAUGAUUGUGGAUGCUGGAGGUGGUACAGUAGACGUAACUGUCCACAAGGUCCGCCUUUCCGGUAAGCUGCAGGAAGUUGUUCCUCCAUCAGGAGGGCCAUGGGGAGGGAUAAAGGUAGAUGACGCAUUCCAAACAUUCCUUAUGAAAAUUUUUGGACUCGCCGCAAUCAGGAAAUUGUCUAAAUCUGAAAUCCUGCAAAUAGAGAGGGAAUUCGAGAUCGUCAAACGGUCUUUUAGCCAGAACUCCACAAUGUCAGCAAUGGAUAUCCGGGUUCCUUACUGCCUGAUCGGACACCUUAAUCGGUCAAACGCAAGUAUGCAUUCCAUCAGAAUUAGAGGCGACAAGAUGAAUAUCCCAUACCAUACACUGCAAGAGUUCUUCAAAGGCCCAGUCCAAAAGAUUGUAAAACAUGUUAGGGAGCUGAUGGACAAACCAGAAUUGACCUAUACCAAUGGUAUCUAUUUGGUAGGAGGAUUCUCAAAGAGCAGGCUACUGCAGGACGAAAUGAAGCAAGCAUUUCCCUACAUCCAGAUUCAUACACCACAGGAAGCAAACGCCGCUAUUAUCAAAGGAGCGGUUAUUUUUGGUCAUGAUCCAAACAUCAUUGGGUGGAGAAAAACUACACGGACAUACGGUAUAGACUGUGUUUCUGAAUUUGAUCAUGACAUACAUCUUCGACAAAAAUAUACUCUGAUCGAAGGAAGAGAAUAUUGCUCAGAUAUCUUCACGAAGUUUAUAACAGUUGGUACAACCAUGGAGAAUGGCCAAGCAACGCCCUAUCAAUCUUUCUGUCCAGUUUAUAGCAACCAAGCAUCAGUGCCUCUGAAAAUUGUAACAUCUCCCUCUGAAAGUCCAACUUACACAACGGACCCAGGGUGUCGUGUCAUCGGCACUAUCAACGUAAAGAUGCCCGAUCUCACAGGAGGAACUGACAGAGAGGUCAAGGUCAGGAUGAUAAUGGGAGGCACAGAGUUAAAGGUGGAAGCUGUGGACGGAAACACUGGGAUGUCAUACUCGGCAAAAUUUGAUUUCUUAUAACCGACCUAUAGACGGUUACUACAUCCGAGGACCUACACAAACAAUAUCCGAGGACCUGUGCUGCAUAUUUGUAUACUUAUGUAUUAAAAACGCACAGGUACUCGACGCACACCCAAGAUUAUAUCUUGGGUGCCUUGACAGACGAGGCGAAUACCUAUGAUAUACCGCUCUACUUCUAAUCCAACGUAUUUCAUUGUCUUCCCUUGCUAUCUUCAUUUUAUUGAUAUUUCGAUAUACCGCGCUAGACACUAACGUUUAGGUUAGCCGAUGGCGGUACAGUGUAAUACACCAAUUGUUAUCCUAUCCCAAUUAAGGUAGAAGUAUAAUAUGUAUAUUUGUUGUUAACAAUAUAACAAGGUUUUCAUCUCCUUCGAUACAAUCUAACAUUUUAUUGUCAUGGCAGAAAUGCGUGACUUAGUUUAUUCAGUGUAUUUUUUUUAAUUAUUAUUAUUUAAUGCAUCAAUAUUUGGCAUGAGUCAUUAAAUAAUCAAUAUCACAAUGGCGCCAGUAUAUGGCAUAAGUUAUUAGUUAUAGUACAUGUAUAUUGUUUUUAUGGAAUGACACUAUUGUAUGGCGGAUAUUUGUUGUAGUAUAAUAAUGUUUUAAUGGAAUAACACCAUUUUAUGACUGAUUAAUUUGUUGUAGUAUGAUAAUGUUUGAAUGGAACGACAUCAUUUAAUGACCGAUUAAUUUGUUGUAGUAUAAUAAUGUUUGAAUGGAACGACGUCAUUUUAUGACUGAUUAAUUUGUUGUAGUAUGAUAAAGUUUGAACGGAAUAAAACUGUUGUGUGGCUGAUAAUAUUGGUUGUAGCACAGACGUCUGCUUCUGGUUAUUAUUAAUGAAAAAUAUACCCUACUCGUAUCAUCUCAACAUGGUGUAACACUUGAAAAUCUGUUACACCUUGUUGAUUAUAGUAAGAGUAGGGCUAAUAUUUCUUUUUUUAUUAAUACUAACCAGAAGAAGACGCCUAUGGUUGUAGUAUAAAAAUGUUUUAAUGGAAUGACACUAUUGUAUGGCUGAUUAUUAUUAUUAUUUUUUUUUUAAUGGGUGGUUAUCCAUUAAAAUUUAAUGCAUAAAUUUUGGAAAUUGAUAGAAUGUUAUCAGAGCUGGAUGUUCAGGGGAUAAUUCCGUUCUAUUAUCAUCUAUGCAUUUUUUCGCACCAAUGUUAGUAAUGAAAUGCAAGGAAAGAAUUACCACUAAGGAACUUAAAUAUUUUUAGGCUUAUUACAUGAGGAAUUAGGAGCUCAAUUUUAGGAGAAUAAAAACUAUUUUGAAAUAUUAGCAAUUGUUUUGCAAAAAGCAGUUUUAAAAAAUCAUACUUAGUACAAAUAUGAUGUUUGGUUUUUUUAAGUGUGUAAUUUCUAUGAAACUGUAAUACCAAAUGCAUUAUGCAAUGUUUAUUCUUAUAAUAUGAUACAAUAUAAAUUUACUGCUGUUAAUUAUGCAUUUUUUCAACAUUAUGUACCGAGGAGAGGACGUCACCAUAAAGUUGGCAAGCUUCUGCCAAGCAUAAUUUCUUGCUUAUGAUGAUAAACACAAGUUUAAAUUAAAAUGUUAGAUUCUAUAAAACUGUAAUGCCAAAUGUUUGGUUCUAUAAGAUUGUUAUGUCAAAUGUUUGAUUCUAUAAGAUAUGUCAAAUGUUUGAUUCUAUAAGGUUGUAAUGUCAAAUGUUUGAUUCUAUAAGAUAUGUCAAAUGUUUGAUUCUAUAAGGUUGUUAUGUCAAAUGUUUGAUUC